AUGGCAAUGAAGAACAGAACUUCACCCUCAGGCUUUAUCCUGCUGGGGCUUCUGGAGAACAACAGGGCAACAGGCAUUGUCUUUACAGUUAUCCUUGCUAUUUUCUUGGUGGCUAUAACUGCAAAUUUGGUCAUGAUAUUUUUGAUUCAGGUGGACUCCUGCCUCCACGCCCCCAUGUACUUCCUGCUCAGCCAGUUGUCCAUCAUGGACACCCUUUUCAUCUGCACCACUGUCCCAAAGCUCCUGGUUGACAUGGUGUCUAAGGAGAAGACCAUUUCCUUUGUGGCCUGUGGCAUCCAGAUCUUCCUCUACUUGACCAUGAUUGGCUCAGAGUUCUUUCUUCUGGGCCUCAUGGCAUAUGACCGCUAUGUGGCUGUCUGUAACCCUCUUAGGUACCCAGUCUUGAUGAACCGCAAGGUGUGUCUUCUGCUGGCUACCGGUGCCUGGUUUGGCGGCUCUCUCGAUGGUUUUCUGCUCACCCCCAUCACCAUGAAUGUUCCCUACUGUAGCUCCCGCAACAUCAACCAUUUUUUCUGUGAGAUCCCUGCAGUUCUCAGACUUGCCUGUGCAGACACAUCCUUGUAUGAAACACUGAUGUACAUCUGCUGUGUUCUCAUGUUGCUCAUUCCCAUUUCUAUCAUCUCAAUAUCCUACUCUCUCAUCUUGUUCACUGUCCACCGCAUGUGCUCUGCUGAAGGUCGGAAAAAGGCCUUUACCACAUGUUCCUCUCACUUGACUGUAGUCAGCAUUUUCUAUGGAGCUGCCUUCUACACUUAUGUUCUGCCCCAGUCUUUCCACACCCCUGAGCAGGACAAGGUCGUGUCAGCCUUCUAUACCAUCGUCACACCCAUGCUGAAUCCUCUCAUCUACAGCCUCAGAAACAAGGAUGUCAUGGGGGCAUAUAAAAAGAUAUUAACAAGAUGCUCAUCUGCCCAGAAAGUGGCAACAAGUGAUGCUUAG